CCGACGAGCCCAGCAUCGACAUCGCGCUAGCCCGUGCCAACUCCGAAGUCACAGAUGACUCCGUGUUCGUGACCACCGAACCUGCCGGCUACGACGACUCCGAGCUGCACGCCACCGCCAUCCUCGACGUGCUGUCCCGCGUGCACACGCUGGACAAGUGCAUGACCUCGCAGGACAAGCUCGUCAUCGACCUCGAUCCAGACGACAUGGAGACACCAUUAUCGGAGUCGGCCCUUCCCGUCGUUCCCAGUGCCAAUGAAAUGGAGACGCCCACCACCUGUUCGACUCCGGUCCUCACCGAGCACGCGCCGGCCGAGGCCGCACACAACUGCACACUGCGGGUGCCCCGUGGAGAGCCGCUUCCGCGCCUGCUUCACGCGUUCCUAGCGCACGAUUGGCUCGACCACUCCGCCGACACAGACGACUCCGUGCUAACAUCCAUGUCUGGGUGCACCAAGCUCGUCGAGCUGCAACCGAGGGGCGUCAACCUCAGAGGCUGCAUUCCGGAUGCUCUGUUCGAUGUCGAGCUUGAGACGCUCAACGUGCCGUCGCACGCGCUCUCGGGCAUACUUCCCUUGGGCUCCACCAAGCUGGCGGAGAUGCUACAAUCGCUCGACCUCUCCGUCCACCAGCUCACCUAUGGCAUCCUCACCGAGAUGUCGCUCUUCUUCAAGCUGCGUGUGGAUCUGUAUUGCGCCAUACCUGUCGACCUCUGCGAGUCUGUUACCCAAGGGGUUGUUCCAGCAGGAGAAGACGAGGAUGACCCCAAGCAACUCUGGCACCACCUGCACGCUCGCUGGCCAAGCGACCAACAGAAACAGCACCUGCGCUCACAGACACAACACACACAGAGGCAUCACAGAGCAACGACAGCCGAAGAAAGAACCAACUAUCUCUCUGGCCUCAUUCCAAAGCUCGUCAAGCCCAAUUCGGUAGCCAUGGUGACUAUUGCAAGCAAGCCUACAUCAGAUUCAAUUGCUGCUCAAGUGGUGUUCGAUGAAAUGCAGCAAGGGUUUCGAACAUGGAUCCAACGACAACCAGAUACAUGGUGCCAGAGUUGUUGCCCUUCUUCAUUGAUUGAUGCUCUGCUUGGUGGGUGUUCUAGCGUUGGUGCUCAUUGUGUGUGUUACCUGCUUAAGGUAUAUGCUCUUGCUACUAAACUUCCUGAUUGGAUUGGGCGCACACAGUCACAAAAACUAAGAAGCUACAGAGGCAAUAUCCCUGGGUUAAGACCAAUUCCAUGGCCAUCCUUCAUUUUACUAAGCAGAGAGAAUAAGCUUACCAAGUCAUCAGUCAUGGUCACUGCUAGUGCGAUUCAGGCUUUUGUGAAUCUGGUCCUCACUUCUUGUGAUGCUGGUUAUUCCAUUGUCAUGUUUACACCAAAUUAUUUCAUCACCUACAUGUCGUUCCAGAUGACAGGUGCUACCGACAUAUUAGUUGGUGGUUGCGAUUCCAGGACACUUCAUUAUGAUGUUGAUUGGUUGGAGAAGGUUCUGAAAGAUAAGGAGCAUGUCCCUAAACUUGUUACUGUUUUGAAUUCGAGGAACCCCUCUAGAGCUUUUAUUCCCAGGCCUAUGCUUGAGAGAAUUUCAGAUCUGUGCAAAAGUGUAGGACAACAUACCGGUCUGUGUUUCCAUCAUCGGAUAACGCCUGCCGUGCUGCUCGCUUUCAUAUUAGUUGAAUUUCCUACAAUGAGGUAUUUUUGUAGGUCAACUAAGCUUGCAUGGGCAGUAUUACCUUAUCAUUAUUACAACAGUCUGUUGGUUGGUGUGGAGUUCCUGAAACACAUGAUACUUGGAUUGAUGUACAACAAAGAGCUCUAUGGCCACCACGGAUCCACCAGUCAUUGUCUACACUAUCAGCGGCUUGGGGGCAAGCCGCAUUUCAAGCGGUGGGGAAUGUCAGUACACUGCCAUGUGGUGUCAUGUGGGCCCUUGGAAGGUGGCAUGGGGUAUUCUCUGCUAUAAAAUGGAGAAGCUGCGCAGGCGAUAGGCAUCAAUGAAAUAUUCAGAAGACAUCCAUUCCAUAUUGUGCUUCUACCUCUUCAGUCUCUUCCUCCUAUCUUCUAGAGUUCUACUUCUCCGUAUAGAUCCUUAGCUCGUUGCAACUUUCCUUUCCUAUCGUCAUGUACUCAGAUCAUAAUUGAAUCCAAUUAUCCAGUGUUUGGUUG